AUGGUCGCAUUGGAUCCAGACUUCAGACCUUGUGAUGCAGAGUACAAGUCAGUGGUGAUCCAGGAUCCCAAUUCCAAUAACAUUGAACAGUGGUUGGAUCUGACUUAUGAGGAACCCAUUCAAGAGUUUUCUUACGCCUUAAAUCCUUUUGCGGAACUUGGAAACUACAUAAUCACGGCCGUCACAAGCAAAGGAGAAACAAUAAUUAAAACCUUUGUCGUCAAGAAAUUCGUCCUGCCAAAAUACGAAGUUAAAGUUUACCUGCCCAGUUCGGUUAGCAUCCUGGAGGAGGAGGUAACACUAAGGGUCUGUGGAAAAUAUACCUUUGGCAGACCAGUCAGUGGUUCAAUUGUGGUUCAACUCUGUGGAAAAGGCCUAUUUCAAUGGAGGGUUAAGCCAGUGGAUAGAAUUGAUCCUUGCAAGAAUUAUAAAUUGAAAACAGAGAAAAAUGGGUGUGCCACACAGAAUGUGAACAUGACUGAGUUUUUCAUCAACAAGUCCAUAUACAUCAGCCGCUUUGAAGCAACUGCUGAACUGACAGAGGAGGGAACAGGGGUUGUUCAGAGGGGAAGUGCAACGAUGACAGUGAACUUUUCCGGCCCAACCAUUAGCUUUGUCGACUCACCUACAAGCUACAAGCCUCGCCUCCCGUAUGACGUGACGGCUCAACUGGAGAAUGAACAGGUUCACCCAAAUCCCCUCUACAGAGUACUCUACCAUUCAGGCUACCUUAGAGUCUUAAGAUUUUACUCCAAGACCAACAGCUACGCGAGGAUCAUGCAUAUCAAUGGGAGGAUCCCCUGUGGGACAGACGCGACAGUGGAUGUUCAAUACAUCAUCCAGGGAAGGGAAUUAAAGCAGGAACAAAAAAAACUCACCUUUUACUACAUGGUAUUUUCUAAAGGUGAACUCAAGCAGCAUGACUAUUCUUAUGUGGAUGUUGACAGUACAAGAGUCAACAAAGGAAAGUUUGCCAUAAAACUCACUGAGGUCACAGACCUGGCCCCAUAUGCUCAGGUGGUAGUUUACACUGUGAUGCCUGUCGGUGAGGUUGUGGCCGAUAGCAGGACCUUCCCCACUCAACUCUGCUUCAAUAAUAAGGUGUCCCUGAAGUUCCCCUCCAUCAAGACUGUUCUUCCAGGAGACAAUACAACGCUCCAUCUCAAGGCUGAGUCAGACUCUUUGUGCUCCAUUAGAGCCAUCGAUCAGAGCCUCCUCCUGCUGCAGGAAGAGCAAGAACUUGAUGCACAAUAUAUCUUUGGCUUGCUGAAGCUGCAGAAGCUAAUGGGAUACAGGUUUGAGGUUGUGGACCCUGAGUCGCAUCCCUGUAACCCUUUGCCUGGGCCUGGGCCUGUGCCUGUACCUCUGCCUAGACCUGAGCCUCGACCUCUUUCAAUUUUACCACCCUGGAUUUACCCUAUUCGGGCAGACUCUCAUGGCAGCUUUGAAGACAUUGGAGUCAAACCUCUGAGCAACUUGCUUUUAACAAAACCUUGCGAUACCGAGCCCAUCCCUGUGCCUCUACCGAAAGUUCCCGAAGUUCAAGAAGCUCAACCUGAAAUAGCCCCUGCCGUGCCACUGGAAAAUCGGGCAAAAGGUGCAAAGGAGAAGUCUAAGGAAGAUGUCAGGAGUAACUUCGUUGAGACCUGGAUCUGGGACCUUGUUGAAAUGGGAGGCGAUGAUAUGUUAACUAUGGAGAAGACCGUCCCUGACACCAUCACUAAAUGGGUGGCUGGAGCUUUCUGUGUCUCUCGGGCUGUGGGCUUCGGCGUGUCACCUAACAUUGGACUGACCACCUUCAAGCCAUUUUUCGUUAGUCUCACGCUGCCUUACUCCGUCAUCCGAGGGGAAUCGUUUACACUCAAAGCCACGGUCUUCAGCUAUGAGUCUAAAUGCAUCAGGAUGAAAAUCACCCUGAGUAACUCAAACCAGUUCACCUACAAGAAUUGUGUCGGCUGUAAAUACAGCGUAUGUCUUUGCAGUGGAGAGAGCAUGACCUUCAAAUGGAUCGUAACUCCAAGUGUCUUAGGUCAAGUGAAAUUCAGAGUCAGUGCAGAGGCCCUGACGAGCGGAAAGCUGUGUGGGAACAAACUGACCACUGUCCCAGACAAGGGCCGAAUCGACACGGUGAUCAGGGGGCUGCUCGUAGAGGCUGAGGGAAUGCCACAGAUGGCCAGUUCCAACACCCUCCUCUGUCCUUCAGGCAAUCCUAUGCAGGAGGAAUUGUCCGCUGUGUUGCCAAAGGAUUUUGUGCAGGGAUCAGUCAGGGGUGUUGUCUCUGUUGUAGGUGACUUGAUGGGUUCUGCCAUGAAGAAUUUGGGUGACCUUCUGAGGAUGCCGUAUGGCUGUGGGGAGCAAAAUAUGAUAGUGUUGGCUCCCAACAUCUACAUUCUCAAUUACCUGAAGAGCACAAAUCAACUGACUGAAGCCAUUAAGGCCACAGGGUUGCGUUUCUUGAGGGCAGGAUAUGGGAGGCAGCUUAAUUACAAGCAUAAAGAUGGUUCCUUCAGUGCCUUUGGAAAAAGAGAUAAGUCAGGAAACACCUGGCUGACUGCAUUUGUUCUUAAGUCUUUUGUCGAGGCAAAAGAGCACAUCUUUGUGAGCCCAAAGGUCAUUGACCAAGCAAGGAAGUGGCUUUCUGGACUACAGGGUUCUGAUGGUUGUUUCAAAUCUGUGGGGAAACUCUUCCAUAAUGGCAUGAAGGGUGGAGUCAAAGACGAAGUGACCUUGACAGCUUACAUUGUUGCUGCUAUGCUAGAGAUGAAUGAUGAUGCCACGGACCCAGUUGUGCGUAAUGGUCUCCGCUGUCUGAAAGAUGCGCUGAAAGGCAAAGUCAACAACCAGUAUACCAUUGCCCUGCUUGCCUACGCCUUCUCGUUGGCUAAAGAUAAAACAAUGAGGAAGAAACUCCUGGAAGAACUGGACAAAAAAGCAGAUAAAGACGCUGGCUCCAUUCACUUACAUAGAGAUGGGGCUUCCCACAAGCGUCCAGAUGCUUUGGAGGUUGAGAUGACUUCUUACUUUCUGAUGGCUGUGCUCACUGGUCCCCCUGAGGGAAAAUUCAAUCUUGGCUAUGCCUCUUUAAUCAUUCGCUGGCUUGUUAAGCAGCAGAACCCAAGGGGCGGCUUCUCCUCCACACAGGACACUGUGGUGGCCCUCCAGGCAUUGGCUAAGUAUGGCUCUGCCACCUACAGUGGGAAAGGCACAGUCUUAGUGACAGUGACAUCCGCAAAAGGGAACAAGAACAAGUUCACAGUGGAUGAGACCAACAGGCUGCUCUACCAGGACAAAGCACUGAGGGAUGUGCCUGGAAAGUUCACAGUGAAGGCAGAGGGAAAGGGCUGUGUGCUGGUACAGAUUUCAAUAUUUUUCAACACACCCCCCGAUCCCGACCGUUCCUCUUUUGACCUCUCCACCAGAGCCCAGACCAACUGUAGAAUGAACCCGCCUGAGCUGACCAUCUUUGUACAAAUCAGGUUCCAGGGCAAGAGAGAAGAAACUAACAUGAUUAUCUUGAACAUCAAAGUGCUGUCAGGUUUCAGAGUGAAAGAGGACUCUCUGCAGCAGCUUCAGAGAAUGCCAUUAGUGAAGAAUGUGGAGUUGACGAAUGGACAUAUCUUCAUCUACUUGGAUGGGAUGAAGAAGGGUGAAGUUCAGCGCUACAGCAUGACAAUGCUUGAAGACGAGCAUGUUAAGGACCGGAAAGCAGCUGUGGUUGAGUCCUACGAUUAUUACGACACAGCUGACAGGGCAUCCACUGAGUACAACUCUAAGGAGUGCAAGGAGGGUGUUCGUCCAACUCCAACUGUUCGCCCUACUCCAGGAGUUCGCACUUCUCCAAGAGAACUCACUACUCGAGUUCUUCCAACUAAAAAAAAACGCACUACGAAAGUUCGCCCACCUAACGGUGGUCCAGGAAAUCGCAAUCCUAAAAAAGAUAAAGAAAAUAAAGAAAAGGACAGUCCCAGCCCCAAAGAUAAGAAGGGCAGCGAUAAAGAAGUUGGCGACCGUAAAGAAAGCAGCAGUGAAGAAGACAGCAGUAAAGGGGAUGGCCGCUCCAAGGAUAGUGGCAAGAGUAAAGAUAAGGGCAACAAAGGCAGUAAAAAUGAGGAAAAGAAAGGUCCCAGCUCUAAAGAUAAGGAGGGCAGCGAUAAAGAAGUUGGCGACCGUAAAGAAAGCAGCAGUGAAGAAGACAGCAGUAAAGGGGAUGGCCGCUCCAAGGAUAGUGGCAAGAGUAAAGUUGAGGGCAACAAAGGCAGUAAAAAUGGGGGCAAACAAGGGGACAGCAGCAGUAAAAGUGGUGGCAAUAGAGAUGAAAGUAAACGUAAUGGAGGUCGCAGCUAUGGAGAUGGUGGCAAGAGAGGGUAA